AUGAAACCCAAUACCGUGUCCACCUGCCUCCUAACACUCUUUGUAGCCAUUGGCACCUGCUUAUGUCCAAAUACCGAGUAUGUUGUGGAGUACACACACACCUGGCAGGGCGAUGCGGACAACGUCGUAGAAGUCACUCAUCGCUUCAAAGACAAACCGUUGCAAACCUUGGUUACUGUGGACAAUGAGCAUGGAAACAAUGGGUGGAGCAUUCGGGUUAACAAUCGGUUGCCCUUCCCUGUGUCAAUCCGGGUGUGGGUGGACGACCAGUUACUUCCAAAUCUGCUCGUUAGCCAUGGUCACAAGCAGAACGCACUUUCCCCAUCAAUUAGCGCCCCAGUAAGAGUCGCCGUGGUGCAGCAAAAGCCUCGUAAAGUAGAUGUUCAAUAUUUUCUUGCUGCACCGGAAGCUGUGAAAACCAACCGCUUGGAACGUAUACCAUCCUUCAACGAUCCCCGAAUCCGCUUGCGACCCGAAACCGAUGAAGACUUCGUGUUCAAAGCGCCGCUUAUUUUGAGAGAAGUUCGCGAUGACGAACACUAUCCUUAUUGA